AUGUCUCAAUCACAGGAUAUUCAAGGUCGAACCGACCCUUCUCUUGACGUCGCCCCAACCCCUCAGAACACCCCCCUCGACACUGGCGUGUUACAAAACAGACCCGCCAACCUUGGUCAACCCACCGUGGAGACCCUCGCUGAAGGUGAAGAGUCCGAUGGGGAUGAUGAUGCUGAGGAUGUAGGUGGGGCCAACCCUGCUAGUUUGUUAGCCAAGAACCCCGCUCUUCUCGCUCUUGCUCAAUCCAAACUCGAUGACUUGAUCGGUACUUCCUCAGGAUACAUUGAAUCCCUCCCUCCUGCCGUUAGAAGAAGGAUCGACGGUCUCAAGGGUGUUCAAGUCGAACACGCUAAGAUCGAGUCUGAGUUCCAAAUGGCCAUUCUCGAAUUAGAGAAGAAGUUCCUCGGUAAAUUCGCUCCUCUUUACGAGCGACGAGAAGCCAUCGUCAGCGGUAAAGCCGAACCUACCGAAAACGAAGUGGAAGCCGGUAAAGCUUCCGACUCAGAUGAUGAGGACGACGAGGAAGAGGAAGGUGCUAAAGUUGAAGAAGUCAAGGAUGAAAAGGAUUCAAGUGAUAUCAAGGGUAUCCCAGAAUUCUGGUUGACAGCUUUGAAGAACCACGUCCCUAUCUCGGAGACUAUCACUGAUUCCGACGAAGCUGCCCUCAAAUCCCUCACUGAUAUCAAACUCUCUUACCUCGAAGCUGGUCAACCAGGUUUCAAGCUCCACUUCAUCUUUGGUCCUAAUGAUUUCUUCGAGGACACCGAAUUGACCAAGACUUACUACUACCAAGAACAAGUCGGAUACGGUGGUGACUUCGUUUACGACAAGGCUAUCGGACACGAGAUCAAGUGGAAGGAGGAGAAAGAUCUUACCAAGAAGGUUGAGAUCAAGAAACAACGAAACAAGACUACCGGCCGAACCCGAGUGAUCAAGAAGGUAGUUCCCACCGACUCAUUCUUCAACUUCUUCAAACCCCCUCAACCACCCACUCCUGAGAGUCUCGAAUCAUCCGAUGUUGAUGAAGAUGAGCUUGAAGAGCUCGAUGCCAGACUCGAAACCGACUACCAAAUUGGUGAAGACUUCAAGGAGAAGAUCAUUCCUCGUGCUGUCGAUUACUUCACCGGUAAAGCUUUGAGAUACGAAGGUGAUUUCGAAGAUGAUAUGGAUGAUGAUUACGAGGAUGAGGAUUUCGAUGACGAUGACGAUGAUGAGGAUGACCAAGGUCAAGGUGGAGAUGCUGCUGCUGCGAACCCUGACUGUAAGCAACAGUAG